AUAGUUCAUACAGUACUAGCCUCAAGGCUAUAGGAGUAUAUAUAAAAAAAGCAAGAUUUAACUCUGCUUGCAAUUGUGUAGAUAUUGUGCAAGCUACUAUAGAGUCUAUAGCUGUGGAGUUGGAUCGCCUUCACAGCUGCAAUGUCUGCAAUUCUACUGAGAGCUUUUGCUCUGUGCCUGCUUGUACAGGCAGUCAAGUCUCAAAUUACCAUGCCGAUGAUAUCUAGCCAUCCAAUGGACCUGGUGAAUGUCAAUGCCGGUACCGAUGUCAGCUUCUCUGUCAAUGCUACUGGAGAUGAACUGGUUUAUCAAUGGAUGAAAGAUGGAGUGGACAUUUUUAACACCCCAUUUAAAUAUGUUGGCACGAAUACUAGUAAUCUGACAGUACUGAGUGUGAACGAUCCUGAUGAUGAGGGGAUUUACUUGGUAACCGUGGGUAAUGCUGCAGGGACUGUCCCCUCAAAUGAGACUACACUCUCUAUAAUUGACUGUACUUCACUGACUGUUCCUAUUGGAGGUACCAUAUCGUAUUCUACCGGUGCCCUUAGCAAUACUAACUACCCGACUGGAACGGUAGCAGACUACUGCUGUACUCCAGGAGAGUUACUCAAUGGAGAUGCUACAAGACAUUGUCUAUCUGGGGGUGCUUGGAGUGGAAGAGGGCCAUCUUGUGCACUUGACUGUACUCCACUGACUGAUCCUACUGGAGGUACCAUAUCGUAUUCUACUGGUGCCCUUAGCAAUACUAACUACCCGCUUGGAACGGUAGCAACCUACAGCUGUACUCCAGGAGAGCUGUUCAAUGGAGGCGCCACAGGCACAAGACAUUGUCUAUUUGACGGUACUUGGAGUAGGGUACAUCCAUUUUGUUCAAAUGCCUGUCCUCAACUUAGUUUGGGGGGUGGCCGUGUAAUAUAUACUUUAAGCCCUAACAUCAAUACAAAAUAUCGCCUUGGAACGUCAGCUUCUUUUGAUUGUACCCUCUUUGGUCACGCUUUAACCAGUGCUGGCAGGGUUACCUGCGUGCUUCCCUCUGGUCCCGACAAUGGUAACGGCGUAUGGAGUGGUGUGAUACCAUCAUGUUCCCCCAUCGUGUGUCCUGAUCUGGCGGACCCAACUAACGGAAGAGUCACCUUCACAACAAACGAUUUAGCUCCGUUCAGGUUGGGUAUCGUGGCAAUCUACAGCUGUGAUCCAGGCUAUGGACUGAGUAGUACAGGCCUUAAAAUUAUAAGAACUUGUGUAGAUCUAUCUUCUGGAACAAAUCUUGUCGGUACAUGGAAUGGCUAUGCCCCUAAUUGCUCCGCAAUCCAGUGCACGGCUUUAGAAGCCAUCGACAACGGAACCAUCAGCUACAACUCUACUGGAAAUGAACGGUUUGGACUUAACACUGAGGCCACUCACACCUGUACCACGGGCUACUUCUUGAGUAAUGGGAGUGAUGUUGUGAGGGUGUGUGGGGGAGACGAGUCUAAUGCUACUGGAAUGUGGAGUGGCAAUGUUCCCAUGUGUACAGCAAUAACUUGUCCUGCUCUGCCUUCAAUUGUUGAUGGUGAACUUGUGGAUUAUGGCAGCAAUUCACCUGAUGUGAGUGAUAUGCUUCCCUUUGGUGCCAUGGGGACCUACAAGUGUACCACUGGGUUUGCACCGGAAGGCGGGGCCAUGGUGACCAGGACUUGUACUGCAAACAAUGAUAAUGUUUCUGGAGGCUCUUUUGAAGGAGUUGCAGUUUGUGUGUCCAUCAUGUGUCCUUAUCUGGCAGACCCAAUUAACGGAACAGUCACCUUCUCAGCAGACGGUCUAGCUCCAUUCACGUUGGCUACCGUGGCAACCUACAAUUGUGAGCCAGGCUAUGGACUAAACAGUACAGACACAAGAACUUGUGUGGAUCUAUCUGGUGAAACAGAUCCUGUUGGUACAUGGAAUGGUGAUGCCCCUACUUGCUCCGCAAUCCAGUGCAUGACUUUAGAAGCCAUUGACAACGGAACCAUCAGCUACAACCCUAUUGGAAAUGGACAGCUUGAAUUUAACACUGAGGCCACUCACACCUGUACCAUGGGCUACUUCUUGAGUAAUGGUAGUGAUGUGAGGGUGUGUGAGGGAAAUGACUCUAGUACUGCUGGAAUGUGGAGUGGCACUGUUCCCACGUGUACAGCAAUAACCUGUCUUGCUCUGAUUGUUGAUGGUGAACUUGUGGAUUAUGGCAGCAACUCACCUGAUAUGAGCAACAUGCUUCCCUUUGGUACCAUGGGGACCUACACAUGUGCCACUGGGUUUGCACCGGUAGGCGGCGCCAUGGUGACCAGGACUUGCAUUGCAAACAUGGAUAGUGUUUCUGGAGGCUCUUUUGAUGGAGUUCAAGCAGUUUGUGUGUCUAUCAUGUGUCCUGAUCUGGCAGACCCAAUUAACGGAACAGUCACCUUCUCAGCAGACGGUCUAGCUCCGUUUAUGUUGGCUACCGUGGCAACCUACAGUUGUGAGCCAGGCUAUGGACUGAAUAGUACAAGCACAAGAACUUGUGUGGAUCUAUCUGGUGAAACAGAUCCUGUUGGUACAUGGGAUGGGGAAGCCCCUACUUGCUCCGCAAUCCAGUGCAUGACUUUAUCAGCCAUUGACAACGGAACCAUCAGCUACAACCCUACUGAAAAUGGACGGUUUGGAUUUAACACUGAGGCCACUCACACCUGUAACACGGGCUACUUCCUGAGCAGUGGGAGUGAUGUGAGGGUGUGUGGGGGAAACGACUCUAGUACUACUGGAAUGUGGAGUGACACUGUUCCCACAUGUACAGCCAUCAUGUGUCUUGGUCUGCCGGACCCAACUAACGGAACAGUCACCUUCUCAGCAGACGGUCCAGCUUCGUUUAUGUUGGCUACCGUGGCAACCUACAAUUGUGAGCCAGGCUAUGUACUGAAUAGUAUAAACACUACAAGAACUUGUGUGGAUCUGUCUAAUGAAGCAAAUCCUGUCGGUACAUGGAAUGGUGAUGCCCCUACUUGCUCCGCAAUCCAGUGCACGGCUUUAGCAGUCAUUGACAACGGAACCAUCAGCUACAACACUACUAGAAAUGGACAGUUUGAAUUUAACACUGAGGCCACUCACACCUGUACCACAGGCUACUUCCUGAGUAAUGGGAGUGAUGUGAGGGUGUGUGGGGGAAAUGACUCUACUAUUGGAAUGUGGAGUGGCAAUGUUCCCAUGUGUACAGCAAUAACCUGUCCUGCUCUGCCUUCAAUUGUCGAUGGUGAACUUGUGGAUUACGGCAGCAACUCACCUGAUAUGAGCGACAUGCUUCCCUUUGGUGCCAUGGGGACCUACAAGUGUGCCACUGGGUUUGCACCGGAUGGCGGCGCCAUUGUGACCAGGACUUGCACUGCAAACAUGGAUAGUGUUUCUGGAGGCUCUUUUGAAGGAGUUGCAGUUUGUGUGUCCAUCAUGUGUCCUGAUCUGGCAAACCCAAUUAACGGAAGAGUCACCUUCUCACCAGACAGUCUAGCUCUGGCUACUGUGGCAACCUACAAUUGUGAGCCAGGCUAUGGACUGAAUAGUACAAGCACAAGAACUUGUGUGGAUCUAUCUGGUGAAACAGAUCCUGUCGGUACAUGGAAUGGAGAUGCCUCUACUUGCUCUGCAAUCCAGUGCACGACUUUAGAAGCUAUUGACAACGGAGUCAUCAGCUACAACCCUACUGGAAAUGGACAGUUUGGAUUUAACACUGAGGCCACUCACACCUGUACCACAGGCUACUUUCUGAGCAGUGGGAGUGAUGUGAGGGUGUGUGGGGGAAAUGACUCUAGUACUACUGGAAUGUGGAGUGGCACUGUUCCCACGUGUACAGCAAUAACUUGUCCUGCUCUGCCUUCAAUUGUCGAUGGUGAACUUGUGGAUUACGGCAGCAACUCACCUGAUAUGAGCGACAUGCUUCCCUUUGGUGCCAUGGGGACCUACAAGUGUGCCACUGGGUUUGCACCGGAAGGCGGCGCCAUGGUGACUAGGACUUGCAUUGCAAAUAUGGAUAGUGUUUCUGGAGGCUCUUUUGAUGGAGUUCAAGCAGUUUGUGUGUCCAUCAUGUGUCCUGAUCUGGCAAACCCAAUUAACGGAAGAGUCACCUUCUCACCAGACAGUCUAGCUCUGGCUACUGUGGCAACCUACAAUUGUGAGCCAGGCUAUGGACUGAAUAGUACAAGCGUAAGAACUUGUGUGGAUCUAUCUGGUGAAACAGAUCCUGUCGGUACAUGGAAUGGAGAUGCCUCUACUUGCUCUGCAAUCCAGUGCACGACUUUAUCAGCCAUUGACAACGGAACCAUCAGCUACAACCCUACUGGAAAUGGACAGUUUGGAUUUAACACUGUAGCCACUCACACCUGUACCAUGGGCUACUUCUUGAGCAGUGGGUGUAAUGUGAGGAUGUGUGGGGGAGACGACUCUAGUACUACUGGAAUGUGGAGUGGCAAUGUUCCCAUGUGUACAGCCAUCAUGUGUCCUGAUUUGGCGGACCCAACCAACGGAAGAGUUACCUUCUCAAUAGACGAUCUAGCUCCGUUUGUGCUGGCUACCAUGGCAACCUACAGCUGCGAGCCAGGCUAUGGACUAAGUAGUGCAGUCACAAGAACUUGUGUAGAUCUAUCUACAGCUGGUGAAGCAUAUCCUGUCGGUACAUGGAAUGGUGAUGCCCCUAUUUGCUCCGCUAUCCAGUGCUCGGCUUUACCUAUCAUCAGCAAUGUAGUCAUCAGCUACAACCCUGCUGGCACUGGACUGUUUCCAUUUAACACUGAGGCCACUCACACUUGUGACAAUUUUCGCACUCCAACCAAUGGUAGUGAUGUGAGGUUGUGUGGGGGAGACGGCUCUAAUACCACCGGAGUCUGGAGUGGUACUGCUCUAGAAUGUUCAGAGAAAUCGACAAUUGGUGCAACAUUUGACCAAGCUGACUACACUGUUGCUGAGGGCAGUAGCCUCACUGUGACUGGAAGACUCACUGGACUAACAGGAAAGCUGCAAAGUAACUUCUCUCUCACACUCAGUGUUGAUUUCUCUGGUGAUCCAUUAACAGAUACUAAUGAUGUCACAUUUAACCCUGCUGACAUGAUCAUCAAUUUCGUUGCCUUUGAAAGCACAACGUUUUCCCUGACUGUUGAUGCUGACAACAAUGAUGAUUUUGAAGGGUUCCACUCAUUUAUGGUAUCUCUACCGACUGACUCUUUCUAUAUUAAUCUUUUAGACAGUGACACUGUCAGUACCACCGUCACCAUCAGUGACUUUGAUGAUGCUACCGUAAGUGUGUCCACUGCCGUUGUCACUGAUGGAGAUGAAGGUACCAACGUCACUAUUUGUGCUUCUGUGGUGGACACAUCGUCUGGCACCAUCGAUGCAGAUAUUGAGCUCAGCUUUGAGCUAGUCCCUGACACUGCAGAUGCCAGCGAUUAUGCUCCCGUGGGAAGUUUUUUUAUUAAUUUGGUUGGUGGUCAAGCAAAUAUCGGUUCUGAGGAUUGUGUAACUGUUAGUCUGCUGGAAGAUAACAUCCUUGAAAGUGAUCAACAAUUCUCAGCUAUUUUGUCUUCUGUCAAUGCUCGAGUUGAUGUCAGUGAGGCCGUUAUUGUUAUCAUCAACACGAAUAAUCCCACACUCAACUUCUUAUCAAGCGAUCUCACGGUGGUGGAGGGAGUAGACAGAUAUGUUUAUUAUCCGCUGAGAAUCACGAACGUACCUGCCGGAGGACUGGAGGGGUUAAUCGAGUAUGAACUCAUUGUGAGUCCGAGUGGAGCAAGUAAGCACAUAAUUAAUGAUGUCAUGGACAGUGCUACAACUUUGAAUAUGGACUAUCGAGUGGACAAUCCAUCAAUAGUCUCGUUUGGUACCUAUGGAGAGACUACCUCACGGGCUGAACUGGAGGGUGCUCUUUCUACACCAGCUCUGAUUGAGAUUCUGGAUGAUAUGCUACUCGACACAGAUGAUGAGGAUGUGCAGGUGUUCUUGUUAGCGACUGAUAACUUCAGGUCAAUGGAAAUCAUCAUUGUAGACAAUGAAAGAGCUGUGGUUAGUUUUGAUGCUGUGAGCUACGCUAGUACCGAGGGCUUAUCUGUCAGUCUGGUUCUGAACCUGACGAGUAUUCCAGAAGGAGGUUUCCAGGACAACUCGCUCACUGUUACCUUGACAACCAUCGAUCAGGGGAAGACUAAUGCUAGUGACUACAACAUCUCUGUUCCAUUCCAAGUGAGAUUCACCUCGCUGACUCCGCCCUUUGCCGUGUCCGACCCAGUAGUCAUUACAGCAGUGAUGGACGAUCUGUUUGAAGACACUGAAACGUUGCAAGUGAUGAUCUCUGACAUUAGCUCCCUAUAUGUGAUGUGUACUGAGUGCACUGCAUACCUCAGUUUCCAACAGGCUGCAGCUGACAUACCUAGCUGGAGCUUUGACAAAGCUAUACCAUCACCGGAACUGAAGGCAGCUCAGUGGAUGUGUGUGCCACUCUGUUUGGUAUCUCUAGCAAUGGACUCGAGUGUGAUAUUGUACUGCAGCUGACGGCAAUGCCUGGGGCUAUGAAUCAAGCUGUUGAAGGAGUUGACUUUGAGCUUGAGGGCGACUUUGACAUUGUGUUUGAGACCUCGAUAACUGGGUCCACGGCAACUCGCUGUGCUGUGAUAGCUAUCACUGAUGAUGAUAUUUUAGAGAGCUCAGAGUUUUUCACU